CGCAGGGCUAUAUAACAAGCCCCUCCAGAUCACUUAAUAGUUCCACUUCCACCUCUGCCUUCGGUCCUUCCCAUCCUACCUCACCGGCCAAACCAAAUCGCCCACCGAAACCUUGCCACAUAUAUUCAUUUCCCACUUUCCCUCUCCAACCUCCAUUCAGAAAUCAGAACUACCUUUAUCAAUUAGAUCCAGAGAUAUAUUUCCCCAACAAGACAAACCCAUCUGGUUUUGCCCAGAAUCAGCAUGGAGGUUGCAGGGUUUGCUCAGAAUCAACACUUUGGUUUUCGUGGUUUGAAUCGUCCUGCCUACUGCGCAUUUGACUUCAUUCUGAAAGCCAUAAGAGGAUGUUUCGCAUAUGUUGCUGAAAAAAAAAGAUUUGACAAAGGAGCACCAAAACCAAAUGUCUGUAAUGUGCCUAUUGCCACAAUAUGGUGCGGAAUGGUCUGGAAAGCUGCUCUACAACGUUGGGUAUAUAGAGUUUUUUAAUUCUCAUCUAUCUGAAAACAUGAAUCAGAUGGAGCUCUCCCUGUUCAGAGCCAGAAUGGAUACCAAAAGACAGUUGAAUAUUUUGCUUGGCAAAAUAGUGAACCACAUGACUGGGGGAGAAUUUUUGCUUAGUAAGGAAGGUGUUUAUUAUGAAUAUUAUUGGUGGAUCCUUGCGCUAAUUGAAAUAGUAAACCUUGAUAAGAAGUGCAAUGCAUUUGAAGCAGGUAAUUUAGAGUAGGUGAGUUUUGCAAGAACUAUAAUUUUAAUUCUAUAUAAUUAAUGUGCGAGUCCUUAUUGUGUUGCAGAUUGUUUGUUGAGAGAGGAGAGCACAAUUCGACCAAUAGAUGGUGCAAAUGGAGGAGAGGUUGAGCAGUCCCACUGUGAAGGCCCGCCUGAAGAUUUAUAGGUAUAUUUAAAGAUUAGGUCGGGCAUUUCAUUUAUAAUUUAUAUUGUAAUAUUUCAAUAGUCGUAUGCAUGCUUUUUACACAUCAAUGUCAUACUACUCUGAAUUGAAUUCCCUGGGUUACGUGUAAUGAAGGCAAGGAAGACCACUUGAUGGAUCACUUCGUUCCAGGCUGGGCUACUGCCAGCAGAUCUAGCUGGCUUUCAUACCUGUUGGAGUCUUGGGCUUAGAGUUACGUAAUUAAAGUUUAAAGUAUGUGCCGCGGCAACUACUGGGCUGAAUUCCGGAUUGUCGGUGAUAUUAGGUCUUGAAUUGGACUUUUUUGUACUGAUGGGUUGGAUUGGGGACGAGACCUUCAUUGGUUCAUAAACUGAUUUUUUUAUGCAUUCUUUUGGAUGACUAAUUAAACUAGUCCAUAUAUUUAUGUACUGGCUUUUAUUUUUUAGCAUGUGUUCUGUUGCUACUCUGUGUUAUCAUCUAAAAUACGAUCAUGUAGAAGGUUUUAUACGCGGAACAUAUAGAUAGGAAAUGCACGGUCCAACUAAAUAUGUUUUGGUAAAAAAUAUUAAAUUCUAACAAAUAUGUUAAUGUGAGAACAAAUACAAUUAAAAUGUAAUUACUAUAAAAAUGUAACUAAAAGGCGACUUUAAUAUUAUAACACGACUUUAAUAUGAAAACGUAUCUAAUGUAAAAAUGUAACUAAAAUGUGACUUUAAUAUGAAAAUGUAUCUAAUGUAAAAAUGUAGCUAAAAUGUGACUUUAAAAUGACCGAAGAGUUUUCUUAUGCAUUACAAGCCAAUUAUUCCAAUGUGUUGGCAAAGACCGAAGAAGAAUUGUAAGUUGAAAUUGAACACUAACGCGUUGUUAUACCUGUGUGGCAUCGGGAGGGGCAAUUCUUUAAAAUGAGAUAGGAGAGCUUUUGGUUGAUAUCAACUUUCCUGUAUCUGCGACGUCGAGCAUAAAAGCUGAACCCCGAGCUUUCAUUUCAGCUACUACCUGGGCUCAGGAAGGUUAUUCAGGGUUUCAGGUGGAAUCUAACUCUUCAUCAACAUUGGAUCUCAUUUGAGACGACAGGGCGAGAAAAUGGAUGGACCUUAUUCGUGAUUUCCGUGUCUUGACUGACAACAGGGAGAUUUAGUUUAGUCAUGUGAUACGGGAAGGAAAUGGGCUGGCCCAUUACUUACCAUAUCUUCACGCGGAUCAAUUCCUCAAAUUUGUGUCUAUUGGUUCUUUACCUUCUUAUGUUAUGAUGCUUAUUAUGUUGAUUUAUUUAAUUUCCCUUCUUUUAUAUUUAUCAGUCAAUUUGUAUUAUUGGGUCAGGCCUAGCCCUCCCAAUUCGCUCUUCAUUUGCGAUUAUUUAUGUAUUUCGAAGAGGU